UGUGUGAUAAUUUUUUGCACAGGAGGGUUUGGUUUCUGAUAAAAUGCCUUAUUGGUUUUGUUAAAAAUAUUCACUGUUGUAGAUAGAGAGUUGGACGAGGCUGCUUGCGUCGUGUUCGUCACUGACUGUGCAAGAGGAGCUGCAGCGUUUAUGUGCAGAUUUGCUUUAUGUUCGUGUGGCACGCAGACUGAGAAUUCAUAAAGUCAUGUUACCGGACUCGGCCGACACUUUGGCAAAUAUGACACUCGCUGCGCUUGCACUGGGCAGAGGUGCUGCAGUUCACUGCUCCACCGGUACAGUGAAUAGGGGUAUUGGGAGCGUGACAGUGAUACGCCCUCUACGCGAAAUCAGCGAAAAGGAACUUGCGCUUGUCAACCAUUUCGAAAAAAGUGAUCGAUUUAUUCUCAAUGAGCAAAAGAGCCUGCUGGAUAAUGUCCGAUGUGACCCCUCGGUAGAAACAGUCACCAGGAAUUUUAUAAACGGCCUUAUAUCGGAUGGUUUCACUGGUUCUGUGCCGUCCAUAUUGAGCACUGUCAGUAAACUUCAGUCUGCUGCUGCAAACAGUCGUCGAUGCUCACUGUGCCUCUUAAUGUUUGCUCCAGAGCGAGAGGAAAGGUUUGUUUCAUUAAUUUUCCCUAAGAAUUGUGUGAAUUUGAUAUUCUUCAUUGUUCGUUUGGUUGCAGGCACGUUCUUGCCAUCCGUACUUUUCCAAUAAGU